CCUCCUUCAUUGCGCAGACCUUAAAGACAUCGCUGUUGGAGUUGAAUACGCAAAAGGCAACCGCAUCUACAGCUCACGUUUAUUCUCAUCAAAAAUCAGAAUCAUGGGCGUCAAACGUGGACUGUCGGACGACGCUGGCCAAGAUAGCUUGAACAGACGUCGUCGGGACGACGGGCCCAUCCAUGACAUUGGUCCUUCCGAAGAUCAAGAUAUCGAUGAAGACUUUUCCGACAAACUUGUUGGGCCAAAACACGCCACGAUGGAUGCAACUGCUCAGUCGCACAACUUUCAGAGAGACAGCGUGUCAUACAUCUUUGGCGACCACGACUAUACAUGGCUUCCUCUUAAGCAGGAUCACGAAUCCCGGCCGCUGUGGAUCACAGAAGAUGGGCAUAUCAUCUUAGAAGGGUUCUCUCCAAUCGCCGAAAAGGCCAUCGAUUUCUUGAUUACUAUCGCAGAGCCAGUCAGCAGACCUUCACAUAUCCACGAGUACAAAUUGACGCCAUAUUCACUAUACGCCGCUGUCUCAGUCGGUCUGGAAACGGAGGAUAUCAUCGAGGUGCUGAGUCGCCUUUCAAAGGUCCCUGUGCCAGAUAGUAUCUUGGGUCUCAUCCGGGAUUGCACACUGUCAUACGGAAAAGUGAAGCUGGUUCUGAAACAUAACCGAUACUUUGUGGAGUCUUCACAUCCAGAAAUGCUACAAACUCUAUUGCGCGAUCCAGUCAUCAAGGAAUCACGGCUCAUCGGCGACGAAGAUCCCAACAGUAGCGGUGCUUUGAUCACAGGAAAGGCGCCAAAUGCCAAGGAUCUUUCGAUUCCUGGAAUCAAGAAGGAUGUGGCCGAUCCCAACAAACAGGCUUCAACAACUGUAGCAGCUGCGGCCGCGGCGCCACCACCACAAGGAGAUGAGGAAAUCUUUGCAGUCGUAGGACUGGACAAGGAUGAUGACGAUGUUGAGAACGAUGAUGUGCAUUCUUUCGAGAUCAGCUCUUCAUCUGUCGAGACGGUGAAGAAGAGAUGUAACGAGCUGGAUUACCCAAUGCUAGAGGAGUACGAUUUCAGGAAUGAUACUUUGAACCCUGACCUGGAGAUCGAUCUCAAGCCCAUUACAGUCAUUCGCCCUUAUCAAGAGAAGUCGCUGAGCAAAAUGUUUGGAAACGGUCGUGCCCGAUCCGGUAUUAUUGUGUUGCCCUGUGGAGCAGGAAAGACCCUCGUUGGAAUUACAGCAGCGUGCACAGUCAAGAAGAGCACACUUGUUCUCUGUACCUCGUCUGUAUCAGUGCUACAAUGGAAGCAACAGUUCUUGCUCUGGUCCAACAUCAAACCCCACCAAAUUGCCAUGUUCACGUCGGACCAGAAGGAGAAGUUCUUGGGCGCAGCAGGAAUCGUUAUUUCAACCUACAGCAUGGUGGCCAACACUCGCAACCGUUCUCAUGAUUCGCAAAAGAUGAUGAACUUUUUGAAGAGCCGAGAAUGGGGAUUUUUGCUACUGGAUGAGGUACACGUCGUUCCGGCCAACAUGUUCCGCAAAGUUCUGACGACAAUCGCAGCACAUGCCAAACUGGGAUUGACUGCAACACUGGUGCGAGAGGAUGAGAAGAUUGACGACCUUAAUUUCCUGAUCGGGCCGAAGCUGUACGAAGCCAACUGGAUGGAUCUCGCAUCAAGAGGACACAUCGCCAACGUCCAGUGCGCCGAGGUCUGGUGCCCGAUGACACCGGCGUUCUACAGAGAGUAUUUGCGCGAGUCAUCUAGGAAGCGGACGCUGCUCUACGUUAUGAAUCCGAAUAAGUUCCAGGCAUGCCAGUAUUUGAUCCGAUACCAUGAGGAGCGUGGUGACAAGAUUAUUGUGUUCUCCGACAACGUGUAUGCGCUUGUGGCGUAUGCUAAGAAGCUGGAAAAGCCCUUCAUCUACGGAGAGACGAGUCAGCAGGAGCGUGUCCGUAUCUUGCAAAACUUCCAGUACAACCCUCAGAUUAACACCAUCUUCUUGUCCAAGGUCGGAGACACAUCAAUUGAUUUGCCAGAGGCAACGUGUCUGAUUCAGGUGUCAUCCCAUUAUGGUUCGCGUCGUCAGGAGGCGCAACGUCUGGGUCGUAUUUUGAGAGCCAAGCGCAGGAACGACGAGGGAUUCAAUGCGUUCUUCUAUUCGCUGGUGUCGAAGGACACGCAGGAGAUGUACUACUCGACCAAGCGACAGCAGUUCUUGAUUGACCAGGGAUAUGCGUUCAAGGUAAUUACGAACCUGGAUGGCAUGGAUCAAGAACAGGACCUGGUGUAUUCGUCGCAGGCAGAACAGCUCAGUCUGCUGCAGUCGGUCCUGUUGGCGCAAGAGAGCGAAGCAGACCUGAACGACGAUGUCGAGCCGGAUGCGGACGACCUCACUGGCAACACGAGUCGCCGCAGUGGAGCUGGAGGCGGAUCAGUACUGAGCCAUAUGGGCACCUCGGUCGCUGGAGGAUCGAAUGGGGCAAAGCGCACGGUCGGUGGCCUCAAGAGUUUGAGCGGUGGCGACCAAAUGGCAUACAUCGAGUAUAACAAGGCGAUCAACCUGAAGGACAAGGACAAGAACAAGAGUGAGCAUCAUGUGCUGUUUAAGAAAUACUACAACAAGAAGUGAACACCUUUGAAAUAAAGAUGGGGAGACAUGGAAGCAGAAGAU